AUGCCUUCCCUCACAGAGCACGGCCCCGGAGCCACACAAGGACACAGGGGUAACAGUGACCUUGGGGAGGGCUCACCCAACAGCCACACUGCCAGAGCUGCCAGUGGGGGAAUAAGCAAACGUGGUCUAGCAAGAAUUUAGUCUUACCUCUGGAAGGGCAGGAGAGAGGACACUAACAAAACCAACACAGAAGUGGUGGAGGCUUUGCAGCUGCUUCGAGCAUCGCCACAGCACACCCGUCCCCUAACCGUGAAACAAGAGGACAGCAGUCUUCCAAAUAGUGGAGCCUGUAACUGCAUCUGGCACCAGUGUUAUCAGUCUAUGGUGAAAAGUAAAAAAGAAUCACCCGUUUGCUGCUCUGAGGAUUAGUUGGCUCCACUUACACCACCAUGGAUGAACUGCAGGAUGUUCAGUUGACAGAGAUCAAACCACUCCUGAAUGAUAAGAAUGCGGCUCGCAACUUCCAAGACUUCGACUGUCAGGAACAUGACAUUGAGACAGCUUUUGGAGUGGUCCAUGUCACCAUGCGGGGCAUGCCCAAGGGGAACAGACCUGUCAUCCUCACAUACCAUGACAUUGGCCUCAACCACAAAUCCUGUUUUAACGCAUUCUUUAACUUUGAAGACAUGCAAGAGAUCACUCAGCAUUUUGCUGUGUGCCACGUGGAUGCACCAGGCCAGCAGGAAGGAGCCCCACCAUUCCCUUCUGGGUACCAGUAUCCCAGCAUGGAUGAACUGGCUGAAAUGCUGCCUGCUGUUAUGACACACCUAAACCUGAAAAGCUUCAUUGGGAUUGGACUGGGAGCUGGUGCUUACAUCCUCAGCAGGUGUGCACUCAGCCACCCAGACCUGGUGGAGGGACUUAUUCUUAUUAAUGUUGAUCCAUGUGCAAAGGGCUGGAUUGACUGGGCAGCAUCCAAGUUUUCAGGCUGGACAACCAACAUAGUGGAUAUUGUCUUGGCGCAUCAUUUUGGCCAUGAGGAGCUGCAGGCAAAUCUAGAUUUGAUCCAGACAUACAGGCUUCAUAUCGCACAGGACAUUAACCAAGAUAACCUUCAGCUGUUCCUCACCUCAUACAACAGUCGCAGAGACCUGGAAAUUGAGAGACCAGUUCUUGGCAUGAAUGAAAACACUGCAAAAACACUCAAGUGCCCUGCCUUGCUGGUGGUUGGUGACAGCUCACCUGCUGUGGACGCAGUGGUUGAAUGCAAUUCACGUCUUGACCCAACCAAAACUACCUUUCUGAAGAUGGCUGACUGCGGGGGCCUGCCCCAGGUGGUUCAGCCUGGCAAGCUGACUGAAGCCUUCAAGUACUUUGUGCAGGGAAUGGGCUACAUGCCAGCAGCCAGCAUGACCAGGCUGAUACGCUCCCGUACCCACUCCUCCUCUAGCCUGGGCUCUGCCGAUAGCAUCCGCAGCCGGUCUCACGCUAGCAACCAUGGUGAAGACAGUGCUGGAACUCCAGAAGGAAUUGACCUCCAGGAGGCACCUCAAACCAUGGAAGUAUCCUGUUAGGCAGGAGCCCCUCUUCUGGAUUCAGACAACUCCACUCUCCCCCACUGAACCCACUCAGAAUCUAGCAUUUCACCAACAUGGCAUUAACUGUUCUAACUUGUGCAUGCCCAUCUGAGCUGCCACCUCCUUGGUAGUCUGUACUUGGCAUUACUUUGGUCCUUUCUGUAUGCCCUUGGCAUCAGAGCCUCUUUAAAACUCAUUCACAUUCCUCAGUCUUAGUAAGUCCCGUUACUGUACAUGCUGGUCCCAUCUCCUGUCUGUGCUGUGUAUCAAUCCAGAUGACAGCCAUUGUCUCCCCUGUUCAUUUAAAUAUAAUUUCUGUGGCUUUGUGAGGUUUA